CUCAAACGCUUUCAUCUGCAAUAAAGCAACGAGCAACGAUGUCAUGGCAGAAACAUGGCAGUGGUAGUGUUUAACAUUUCUGUUUAAGUUUGAUUAUAGAUCUUUCUGUCGUUUCACUUAAUUGUGUGAGGUCGUUUUCUUGGCGGCAUCAAGAAGUAUCUUUUUCCUGGAAGAUGUUCGUGGCGAAGAGCAUCGCAGCGGAUCAUAAAGAUCUGAUUCACGAUGUGUCUUAUGACUUUCAUGGUCGGAGGAUGGCGACCUGCUCCAGUGAUCAGAGCGUCAAGGUCUGGGACAAAGGCGACGAUGGAGAAUGGCACUGUACUGCUAGCUGGAAGACACAUAGUGGGUCCGUGUGGAGGGUGACAUGGGCACAUCCUGAGUUUGGUCAGGUGUUGGCGUCUUGUUCCUUUGACCGCACUGCAGCUGUAUGGGAGGAGAUCGUUGGAGAAUCCAAUGACAAACAGCGUGGACAGAGUCACUGGAUCAAGAGGACCACACUGGUGGACAGUCGGACGUCAGUGACCGAUGUGAAGUUUGCACCGAAGCAUAUGGGCCUGAUGCUGACCACCUGCUCUGCAGACGGCGUGGUGCGCAUCUACGAGGCCCCUGAUGUGAUGAACCUCAGCCAGUGGUCACUGCAGCACGAGAUCUCCUGCAAGCUCUCCUGCUCCUGCAUCUCCUGGAACCCCUCCAGUUCUCGAGCUCAUCCUCCAAUGAUAGCCGUGGGCAGUGACGACAGCAACGUCACAUACAGUGGAAAAGUGCAGAUCUACGAGUAUAAUGAAAACACAAGGAAGUAUGCCAAAGCAGAGACGUUGAUGACUGUGACAGACCCGGUUCAUGACAUUGCCUUUGCUCCUAAUCUGGGGAGAUCCUUCCAUGUGCUGGCGAUAGCGACCAAAGACGUUCGCAUUUUCAAACUCAUACCAUUGAGGAGAGACAGCGCCAACAGCUCUGGUCCCACUAAGUUUGAGGUGCAGGUGAUGGCUCAGUUUGACAGUCAUAACUCUCAGGUGUGGCGCGUGAGCUGGAACAUCACCAGCACUCUGCUGGCCUCCUCUGGAGACGACGGCUGUGUGCGGCUCUGGAAAGCUAAUUACAUGGACAACUGGAAGUGCACAGGGAUCCUGAGAGGAGACGGCAGCCCAGUGAACGGCUCCUCUGGACACGCUGCGGCUCUGAGCACAGUGGGCGUCCCUGGAUCCGCUCAGAUGGUUGUUGGGGCCGCGUCUGCUGGCAGAAAAAAAGCUCAGCUGAUGCCAGGCUAAUGGCAUAAAGUGCUGAUUGACUGUUUGCUGCAUGCACAUGCACAGGAUUGGACCAAGACCUCAUUGACCCUCCCCUGCACGGUGUGACACCUGUACACUCGUCUAGCUACUAAUCCAACGGACGUGUGUGGUUACAGCACGAUCGGUUGUGUGGCAGUUAAGGAACUGUGCUUGUGUGUGUGUUGUGUUCAGUGAUACUUGCCUUACAAUGAGCAUUUUUUGUAUUAUUGAACAAUUUACACUAAACUCGAUUCUCAUCCAUACUGACACUUAUUCAUUGUUGUGAUGUGAUGCAGUAUUACUUAUUUAUUUAAUACGUUUAGGUCAUUUUUCAUGCGUUUCAGACAUAAUUGUGUUCAUUUGUCAACGUUUGUAUUGAACUCGUCAGAAACCUGUUGUAGUUGCAUUUAAAGAAGCAGUUCACCCAUAAUCAAAACAUAGUUUACACGUUUACUUUUCUUCUGAGAAGCAUUUUAACGCCCUCGUUUUAUAAAAACCUAUUUGCUUUUCAAACAGCUUGAAGGUAGGUAAAUUUGCCAUCUUUGGUUUCAGGGUGAACUGUUCCGUUAACUCAGGUUUCCAGAGAACACUACACACAUUUGUGCGGGUGGUUUGAAGCUGCUGGCAUGUAAUGUGUGGUGUGAACAGUAGAGGGAGACACUCUAUCAUUCAACCCAGUUCUGCACAAAUUGUUCUGUCUUCAAAUAUGCCCUUGGAAUUGCUAACACAUUGCAUUUAAUUCAACUAACUGAAUUAUAGAUUUUAGUAACUCUUAUGAUGUAGGCACAGAUUGUUAAAAAAAGCAGCUUUUUGCUGUGCUAAAUUCUAGUAGUCAAUGAAGAAGCAUCUGACAUGCUGAACAAUAUCUAUCUCUGUUAAUAAACGAUCACCAAAAGUUUGUGAAAAUUCAGGAGUCUGGUGCAUGAAUAAUAGACCAUAAAUCAAAGGCUGGAACUUGAUCAUUACUUUAUUACGCCAUACAUAUUGGAGAUCUUGAGGCGCUCGUUCUCCUUUAUGACAGGAACGCGACAUAUUCUUUGUACUGUUGUCACUUGAAAUGGGGAUUCAAAAGGAGAACAUUUAAAAGUGAAUGCAGCUUUUGUGAAAUAAAGUUUUUUUUGUAAAAUAAAGUUUGUUUUUCAGUUCUGAUUUAUGUAAUAAAAGCCUCUUUGAGGUUUGUCUGA